UCACUUUUUAGAAUUGAAAGUUGAAGGGGGAGGCGGCAGGUGGCCCGAGGCAUCAGGUGUUCAUGCAGAGAGGCACGGGGAAAGCGGAGAAGAGAAGCAGGUGAAUGAGCUCAGUAGCACUGGGCAAAUGAUAAGGGGAGUGCGGGACUGCCACAGCACUAUGUGUAUGUUGAGAUCAGACUUAAGAAGUACAUCUGGAGGAGGGAGAUCAUAUAUUAGUGGUCUGACCCUGGAUGCAAAGGAAAAGGACAAUGCAGUGGGACAAACACUUCCUUUAGUUUCUCUUUGGAUCUAUGUAUGAAGGUCAUCCUGAUUCUGCUGGACCAUGGCUGUCAGACAAGGGCGGCAGUGGAGGUCCGUGUGCAAAGGCCUGGUGCUGGGGACCCUCCUCACCAGCUGCAUGAUCCUGCUUUACUGCCUCUCCACUCCCCAGACCCACUUCAGUCUGCCUGAGGUACCAGUGCCUUACUCCUGUGCCCACCGUCCAUCCCAGCUCCGUUCGAAACAAACCACCAACCGCUCACAACAAGCCUCUGGCCAGACCUGCACUCCUAAAGUGGACAUCAUGUUCAUGAAGACCCACAAAACAGCCAGCAGCACGUUCCUCAACAUCCUUUUCCGCUUCGGGGAAAAGCACCGGCUCAAAUUUGCCUUCCCUGACAGCAGAAAUGACUUCUUUUAUCCGUCUGUUUUUCAGCGUUCCCAGGUUAAAGACUACAGACCUGGAAUGUGCUUUAAUAUUAUCUGUAAUCACUUGCGUUUUAACGCACCCGAGGUGGCCAAGCUGUUACCUAUGGACACCUCCUACAUCACUAUCCUGCGAGACCCUGCAGAGCUUUUUGAGUCCUCCUUCCACUACUUUGGCAAGCUGGUACCUUUCACCUGGAAGAUACCAGGUGAUGAGAAGCUGACAGAGUUUCUGCGUGAGCCCCAUCACUACUUUGACCCUGAGGGCUUCAACUCCUUUUACCUCAAGAAUCUUCUUUUUUUCGACUUUGGACUGGACAACACUCUGAAGCUGGAUGAUCCACGUGUAGAACAGGGAAUCAGAUUCAUCACGGACCGUUUCCAGCUCGUCAUGUUAGUGGAGCACUUUGAGGAAUCACUCAUCCUGCUUAAGGAUGCCCUCUGCUGGGAGAUGGACGACGUGCUCUUCUUCAAGCUCAAUGCCCGUAAGGGAUCCACUGUGUCUAAACUCACCCCAGAAUUGAGGGCCAAGGCUCUUGAGUGGAACGCUAUUGACUGGAAACUAUACCAGCAUCUCAACCAGACUUUUUGGAAGAAAGUAGAUGCGUAUGGACGGCAGCGGAUGGCUGAGGAUGUGGCAGAGCUCAGGAGAAGGAACGCAGAGAUGGCAUCCAUCUGCAUCGAGGGGGGGCGAGCUGUAGAAGCAGGCAGCAUCCAGGAGACAGCCAUGCAGCCCUGGCAGCCCAUCGGAGAGAAGUCCAUCAUGGGCUACAACCUUAAGAAGAAUGUGGACAAGGCACAUCGGAAGUUGUGCCGAAAGAUGUUGAUGCCAGAGCUUCAGUACUUAACAGAGCUCGGGGUUAACCUGUGGAUCACCAAGCUUUGGGGCCAUGUCAGAGAUAUCAUCAACUGGUGACUAGACAUGUGAGCGAGAGGGGCCAAUUCAACCCUGACAGACUGUAUUUGAAAAAGAGGAAUCUGACUGUGUGGAUGAUAACAUGAAAAGUUUGAAGUUUCUGACACAUUUCUAUCCUUGUCUCAUUUUAUUGAAAUGUGUUCACAUUGACUUGAAUUUCAUUUGAUUGUGCACUGUAUGUACCUGAUGGGUGCUCAACUAAAAAUGAAACUGUAGACCUACAAUGUACAAGUAUUGAACCUGUUUGCUACUCGCAGAUUAGGCCUCGUAUUGUUAGGUAUUGUAGUACAUUUUCUUUCUCUCAGAUUGUUCUAGUGGAGUGGAUAAGUGAACUAUAAAGUUAAUAUCUUUAAGGAAAUAAAUAUUGCCAUCCCUGCUAUUAUUUAAGGGUGUUUGGCAAAAAGAAUGUUACCUCUCUGAGCUAAAUAUUUUUUUAAUGAUUUGAUGUGCAUCCCCGAAAGUUAGCAUAUUUAAGUUCAAAUAGACUGAAAUCCCACGAAGGGCUAAAACACAGAUGUGCAAAUAGUGAAUGUAAGUACUACAACCCACUUGUGUGUCUGUGGAGGACAAGAUCAGACAUCAUUUUAGAAAAUAGUUAAAGAAUGAUUGACCUUUAUAUUUGUCAUUUCAAGGAAAACACAGGUGGAACUAAUAAUCUUAACGAUUCCCAGAGCUGCUCAAAUGUAGCCAUCGUUAUUAAUAUUUAAUACACCUGUGCAUCUCGUGCAGCAACAUGUCAAAAUAUCUGUCAUGAAAAAAGGUCUGAUGAGUAAAGAAAUCAAUAAAUAGGAAAGUAUGUAAGCAAUCAAGAUGACAAUUUUUUUCUGAAGAUUUGUUUAGCUUAUCAGUUUUUAAAGGAUCUGAUGUAUGUUCAUUUCUGUUAUGCUUUAUAAAACAUGCUUCUUCAGGG